CAGGCCGCGGGUUUGGCGGAGUCCCGGGCGGCCCUGGGCCCUGGCCAGGAACGGAGCCGGCGACGGGGCCGGGAUUCCCUAGCGGUGCCGGCGGCAGCAGCAGCGGGUCCUGGGGCCUGGAGCGGAGGAGGCGGCUGUCGGGGCCCGUCCGGGAGCGGAGGAGGCGGCGGGCCCCGGCCCCGGGUCGCCGAGCAUGAACCACAAGAGCAAGAAGCGGAUCCGGGAGGCGAAGCGCAGCGCCCGGCCCGAGCUGAAGGACUCGCUGGACUGGACCCGGCACAACUACUGCGAGACCUUCCUGCUGAGCCCGGCGGCCUGCACGGAUAAUGUGGAAAGGGCAGAUGCACUCCACUUAUCGGUGGAAGAAUUUGUUGAGCGGUAUGAAAAGCCUUAUAAGCCUGUAGUCCUGUUGAAUGCUCAGAUGGGCUGGUCUGCCCAAGAGAAGUGGACUCUAGAACGCCUGAAACGCAAGUACAGGAACCAGAAGUUCAAGUGUGGUGAGGACAAUGAUGGGUACUCUGUGAAGAUGAAGAUGAAAUAUUACAUAGAGUAUAUGGAGAACACACGUGAUGACAGCCCCCUUUACAUCUUCGACAGCAGCUAUGGAGAGCACCCUAAACGUAGGAAACUUCUGGAAGACUACAAAGUGCCCACGUUCUUCACUGAUGAUCUAUUCCAAUAUGCAGGAGAGAAGCGCAGACCACCUUAUAGAUGGUUUGUAAUGGGCCCACCUCGGUCAGGAACAGGAAUUCAUAUUGACCCUCUGGGAACCAGUGCUUGGAAUGCCUUAGUCCACGGACAUAAGCGUUGGUGCCUCUUCCCUACCAGCACUCCCAGAGAGUUGAUCAAAGUGACGCGGGAAGAAGGAGGGAACCAGCAGGAUGAGGCGAUCACUUGGUUCAGUAUCAUAUACCCUAGGACGCAGCUCCCCACCUGGCCCGCUGAAUUCAAACCUCUGGAAAUUGUGCAAAAACCAGGCGAGACCGUCUUUGUGCCAGGUGGCUGGUGGCACGUAGUUCUCAAUCUCGAUACAACCAUUGCCAUCACACAGAACUUUGCCAGCUGUACCAACUUCCCUGUGGUAUGGCACAAGACAGUAAGAGGGAGGCCGAAAUUAUCAAGGAAGUGGUACAGGAUCCUAAAACAAGAGCAUCCUGAGCUGGCAGUGUUGGCUGAUUCAGUUGAUCUACAAGAAUCAACAGGUAUUGCUUCUGAUAGUUCCAGUGAUUCCUCCAGUUCCUCCAGCUCCAGCUCCUCAGACUCUGAUUCAGAGGUCCUGAGCAGUUUUCCCUGUGACUCGGAAGGGGGAGCAUCUUAUCGGCGGGUGCGAUCCUGUCUGCACCUGGUGGACCGUCAGAUUAGUGCGUCCAGGCUGGUUGGAAAACAGCUGUCGUGUGAUUCUGGCUCUGAGACCGAAGGGAUGAUGCAUCGGCGGAAAAAGAGGAGGACUUGCAGCAUGAUGGGUAAUGGUGACACUACCUCUCAAGAUGACUGUGUGAGCAAAGAGCGCAGCUCCUCCAGGAUUAGGGAAUCUUGCGGAAGCCGCACUCACCCCUGAGAGAUAACAAGAACCGUCUAGAGGCAGCUGCCACUCGAAGCUCCGUUAGCAGCCAGUUUUGUUCUACCCCUCUCAGCUCCUAUCUACUCUUAUGAUCCUUCUCAAGUCUUCGCUGCUACUUUGAUCCAAACUCCUAUCUUCCACCAUGUGCUGACUAAAGAUGACUCCUUGCUAACUAUUGGGGAGAAUUCCCAAGUCUAAAUGACUGUGCAAUGCUUAGUGCCCUUCUGUACCCCCAAAAAAGUGCACUAUAUGAUCAGAAAAUAACCCAGCUCUGGGCAAGGACAUGCCAUGUGUCUUACAGUUCGUGAAGUUGGCAAGGAAAGCAGUCUGAUACCUGUUUUUAAAGAACUGUUUUAAAACCAGCAGCUACAUCCAGAAACCUACCGUGCUUUGACGUUGUCAUACAUUUACAUGUACUGCACGUGUUGAAACUAGGAGAGGAUCUCAGCACCUUUGCUCUACACAAACAUCCAGUGUAUAUUGUACCAGAGUGCUGGAAGGGAGACUAACUCUGUUAUAUACUCUGAACACCGAGGUGACUUCAAAUGACUAGAAAUGGCUAUCUGUGAGAAGCAUCUUUUGUGGUCAUAUUAAUCUGUGUACGCUCUGACUAAAUCCAAAUAGUCUAAGAUGUGACACCUUAACCAGCAAUGAUCAUACGUACUUCUGCUUGGUACCUGCCAUAUUAAGUAUAAAAGAGAUGAACUGGCACUUGGGUGUAGUAUUGGGACUUGAGGGAACAAGAGAUGAGUGGCUUCUUGUAUAGUAGAAGCCACUGAAAGUCACCAUCUAUCAGCAGUUACCCAUGAACCUUAGGUGUAGGGGGAAAACUACAUAACUGAAUUACAGACUUCAUUCAGCCCCAGAAAGCAGCUGUCUCUUUGAGAUCAUGUGUUUAGGAGCUGAGCAGCACUUGCUCUGGAAUCUGUAAAAGAGUACAGGAGGGGUGAGUAUUUUGUCUUAAACAUUUUAAAAUAACACGUGAUGCUUGGGUUCACACAGCUGCAGUGGUAUUGUGCCAAGAUAAACUCUCAUCCCCAAGCAAUCUACUAGGAUGGUUGAUAUUAAUUUACCAGGGCCCGUGCGUUAAAGCUUUCCUAUAGCCUGCUCCCAGCCAGAGGGAGGCUGUGCUUGUGGGGGAGCGGGGAAUAACAUCUUUCGCUGAUACAAAGAACACCGCACCCAAGAGCCAGCUACUUGGGCUGUUUCUCUUUGCACCCUCAUUUCAGUUUUGCUGUUUGGGAGGGGGAACUGAAAACAGAGGGGCAGUGCACUCUCUCUCAUAUAAGCUGCAAUGCCUAGGCAUUAGUGCAGAGGUCUUCAGUAAUGGGGCACGCCCUCUGGGGGGGGUGCAGUGGGGACCCAGACCAACCCUCACAGGGGGUGUGGAGGGAGUGCUGCCCAGCUCUGCUCCUGGUCUGUGCCUGGGGAUCUCCUGGCUGCCAGCCCUGUGCCUGGGGAUACGCUCCCAGACACAGCUGCUGGCCCCACAUCCGGGGUCCUGGCUGCCCGCCCAGCCGUGGCUGAAGGGGGCAUGAGGUAAAAAGUUUGGGAAUCACUGCACUAGUGGCUGAAUUAAAAUGCAGAUUGGCAACCUUAACUGUGAAUUUUCUGUAUACAGUGUAUUAAGUAGAUCCCCUGAAUGUUGGUUUUUAACUUGUCCUUUACUAUUUGUGUUCCCUCUCUCGUCUCAGGAUAUGACUCAGUCUGUUGUAAAAGCGAGCCCUACUUAUUUUGGUUCAUCAGCAGUACAGACCUUUGUUUCCAAGUCUCCUUUGUGCCAGUCACUUUUAUGUAGCAGAGAAGUGGGAGGGAGUUUGGAGGUGUGAGGCAGGUGACUCAUCAGUGCAUCCCUAAGCAGGGAAUCCAAGGGGUGCAUUUGUGGCAAUGGAACACAAAUACGCAGACUUCUCUUCAAAACUGCUGCAGUCUUUCCUGCAGGGGGACCCUUCCUUAAGGCUGCUUAGAUCUAAAGACGGUUUUGUGUGAAAAUAUCCAGAUUCCCUGGCCAAGGAUGCCUGUAGUCUGCCUAGCUCAGGGGGUACAUUGGCAGCUUGCCCAGAGCCUGCAUGCUGCAUAUUAUCUUCAUAAAAUGGAGCAGGCUGCAGCUGCUAUCACUUAGAACAAGAUAGGGGGCUGCGGUGGCUACAGGAUUAGAGUAUCCCCCUCCUAAUGGCAAGGGUUAACCUGGAUUAUAAAGCUCUCAUGGCUGCGGUUUCGGCCAUUGCCUGGCUCUGAGGUGGCUAGCCGUUGCCUUCAUCAGCAUGGUUACAGCUGUGCCUCAUCUUAUUAUUUUACUGUAUGAAAGAAGUCUGGGCCUGAGCACUUGAAAUCUGUUGUGGGGAAACCAACCUGCCUCCCACUGCCAAGAAAGCUGCUCCUUUUCUAGCAAUAGCAGUCUGAUGCUCCAGAGGGCAGAGCACUUCUCCAUGCCUAUGAACGUAUCAGUGGUGUGACAAUAAAGCUGUCAUUUAAAAUGGACACAGUCUCCUCGUAUUGAAUGGUCUAUAAGGUAACAUUUGAAACUAGCAAUAGGAAAGGUAAUGUCAGCAACUGUAAGAUGACUUCCACAAAGCCAUCUCUUGCCUCACCUGAGAAGCAAUGGCUCUGUUCAGGCAGUCUGGUACAAGGGCUGGGAUUCUGAACUAGAGCUGCUCGAAUGUUCUUCAUCGGAACAGGUUGACUUUGCAUAGAGGUAUACUGGGUUUCAUGAAAACUUUGUUGGGAAGUUUCCUCAAGUCUAGGGUGGAAUUUUUACUCAAAACCAGAGAGACAGACCCAGAAUAGCCAAGGCACUCACCUGAGAUGCAGGAGACCCAGAUUUAAAUCCCUGCUAUGCCUGAUAAUAGGGACUUAAACCUGGGUCUGCUACAUCUCAGGUAAGUGCCCUAAUCACAUGCCUAUAGCACCAGGCACUAAUCUGCUGAAUAUUUUAUGAUUUAUACAAAGUGGAAUAGCUUCAGCAGCAGAGCGAAAGGGACUGACUAGCCUGCUGGAAUGUGAACCUCAGCAUUUUUUGUGAAACAGAAUUCUUGUUUUCCAGCCAACCUUACUCAGGACUGCUGGGUUGUGUUCUUAGGUCCACCACUUUCAUGCUGUGUGACUUUGGCCAAAUAGCUUAACCUCUCUAUGUGUUUGGUGUCCUAGCUAUAAAAUGGCAAUAAUACGUACCUUGCAGGGGUGUUGUGAGGCUACUUUGAAUUAAUGGUUGUAAAACACUUUGAUUCUUCUGCAAAAGAUGUUACAAAUGACUGACUCUGGUUAAGCCCCUAUUAAGCAGGCUAGACACUUCUUUCUAAACUGUCACUAGGUCCUCCCACUAACAAGUGCUACAGUCACAAAGGUUCAAUGCUUCUGGGCACCUGCUCAACGAUAACUUCAAAAGUACCCAAUUCAAAACCAAUUCACCCUACGUGAACUGUGCCAAAUGUAGGGGUAGGUUUCAUUGAGCUCUGAGACGAAAAUGUAUUGGUGCCUAAACUUGCUGAAUUAAGAUCCCAGGUUUGCUACUGCAUGUCAGCUUUGCUGUCCUCUCUUCUGAGAUAGGGCACUGCUUUUCUAGCCCUGUUUAGGAGCUGGUCUGAAUCAGUUGUAUCCCAAGUUCACCUCUUCCCUUGUUACAGGUUAAAGGGACUGACUGGUGAAAUCUUGUCAGAAAUAUAACUACAGUUCAUAGGAUGCAUGUUUCUUUGAAGAUACCUGCUCCAUACACAUAGGGCAGGGGGAGCCUGUGGCUUCAUAGAAGCUAGUAGUGGCUUCCCUUCCUCCUUUCUCUAACUGUGGUCAGAUUAAUGCCAACUUCUUCUCCCAGCUGCUUACUAGAGAGAUGUCCGCCUCUGGUAAGAUUAAUCUAGAGGCCCUUUUCCUUUUGGGUGGCACUGUGAAACCUCUGUGCAAGCUGGACUCCCAGAGACAGUGCUGUCUGUUCUUCUUGGGAGGGGGGCAAUGGAGCCUGCUGAUUCAUUCCACAGUUACAAGCCCUAUCGUUGCCACUAACUUCUCUUAUCCGUCCUGCCGGGCAGAGCUGCGAUGCUCUGAAUUGUUUUGUCUGGAUGAUGAUUGUGUUGCUUUUUAUUUUAAAUAAAAUGAUUAUUUUGCAUUA